AUGGCGUUGAAGAGAAUCAACAAGGAGCUCACAGACCUAGGCCGUGAUCCUCCCUCGUCAUGCUCAGCAGGUCCUAUCGGAGAUGAUUUGUUCCACUGGCAAGCUACCAUCAUGGGUCCUUCGGAUUCACCAUAUUCAGGAGGAGUCUUCUUCUUAGCCAUCCACUUCCCUACCGACUACCCAUUUAAGCCACCCAAGGUCAACUUCACCACCCGCAUCUACCACCCAAACAUCAACUCCAACGGCUCGAUCUGUUUAGAUAUUCUCCGUGAUCAAUGGUCCCCGGCUCUGACGAUCUCGAAAGUCCUCCUCUCCAUCUGCUCCAUGCUUACCGACCCCAACCCUGAUGACCCUCUCGUCCCCGAAAUCGCACACGUCUACAAGACAGACCGGUCCCGAUACGAGGCAACCGCGCGGGAAUGGACUCGUAAAUACUCAUAA